UUUUGGGACCCGUCGGCGGCGAGGCCAUGGGGAGCAGCAGACGCAGCGGUAGCAGCAGCAGCAGGACUUGAAGAUGCUGAGCCUCGUCUCAUGUGUCGGCAGAGUGGUGGUCCUCUCGGCGGCCGUUUUGGUGACCACGUCUAUCACCAUGUCCGGGGAGUGGGGAGAAGAAGGGGUGACGUACAGCCAGUUGGGGAAAGACGUGACGCUGGAGUGUGCUGGAGGAAGCCCAGGUGCGGUGCUGGAAUGGCAGUGGAACGGAUCCCCCCUGCUCCCGGAGGGCUCCGUGGUCCAACACGGACAGCUGAUCCUGCCCCAGGUUGAGCUCUCCUCCGAAGGCAUCUACAGCUGCCAUGACGCCGGUGGACUCCUGCUCAGCUCCCUCACCUUGCGCCUCGGCCGGGUCCCCGGAGUGCCUUCCGUCUCCUGCAGAGCUUCCAACUACGAGAACUUCUCCUGUUUCUGGACUCCCGGCACAGAGACCUUCCUGCCCAGCAGAUACAUCACCACCUACAGGAAGAAACUGCGUCCAGGUGACGAGAGGUGGAGGUCCCAGUCCAGCGACAUCGGGCUGUGCCUCCAGGACCCCGCCCACCCCCAUUCCUGCACCGUCAACAAGUCCCAAUUCUGGAGCUCCUACCGCAUGAACGUGACCGAGGUCAACCCCCUGGGCUCCAACUUCCGCCUGCUCGAUUUCACCGUGCAAGCCAUCCUGAAGCCAGAUCCCCCAGAGGGCCUGCGGGUGGAGCCGGUCCCGUCAGCCCCCCGCCGACUGCGCGUGACCUGGGAGUACCCCUCCACUUGGCCCAAUGAACCUCACUUCCAGCUCAAGUUCCGGCUCCAGUAUCGCCCCGUCAUGCACAGCUCUUGGUCUAUGGUGGAGACAGCCAAUGUCUCCGAGCUGAUCACCGAUGCCUUCAUGGGGUUGGAGCACGUGGUCCAGGUCAGCGCCAAGGACUUCCUGGAUGCUGGGAGCUGGAGCGAGUGGAGCAGCGAAGCGUGGGGCCGGCCGGCACUCGGGCAAACAAUGGCACCCAGCGACGUGGCCACCGCAGCCGUGGAACCAGAAAGCCCAGCUGAGGAGCCCUCUCUGGCUCCCAACAAUGAGCCUGUGGCAGGCCGCAGUGACCCCUUGGAGAAGGUGGCUGUCCUGGUGUCCCUCGGAGUCUUUGCCUUCUUUGUCCUGGCCGUGAUUCUCGUCUUCGGCCUCCUGAUGUGGAUCCGGAUGAAGAAGCACAGCAAGGAGGCCACAAAGAACCACGACUUGCUCUCAGCCACCAUCCACAUGAAGGCACUGCCCAAAGCCCAGAUCUUGUAGCCAGAGGCGGUCGUCCUCUGGCAGGGCAGCCCCCACCCGCAAGAGGGGCACGCCAUCACUGACCUCGCCAUCUGCAACUGCUUUUGGACCCCCCGAGUAAUACGAGACAAGUGCCCCCCGCAAUUCACACCAGUGCCGAAAGAUCCCCUUUGGAAGGAGCUCUCGAGCAGGGCCUGCACAGGGGCCACUUGGGCGUCGCUCCGGCCUGGGAUCCCUGCUUCUCUUUCUGGGGCACCAAAGCAGGCUGUAACUCUGGACUAUGGCGUUCUUGGACUCGUUGACAGUCUUCGUCCAGCAGAGGGCAGCAGCCAGAACUGAAACUGAGGUCUCAACGCCUAUCUUUGAGCCUGGCAAAAGGCAUUGGUGCCCGUGGGUGUUGGCACAGGCAGGGGCGGAAGGACAGUUGCUGCUGCCCCUGCUUCCCAAGGCCUGCGGCCAGCGCCAGCCCCAUCUACCCCCCGCAGCUACAGUGUGAGACUUGGGCCAAUGGAGAAGUUGGUUGUCCUCGACCAGAAGGCCCUGUCCAGGGCAGCAUCAUUUCAUAAGCAAUCGUGGCUGGAGCCCAGUGCAUUGUGGGAAUUCUGCCCCCUCCAGCCAAUGGGAAGUGUCAACCCCAGGGGUGACCAGGGUGUUGAGUGUAUGUGGGACUUAAUACAAAGUGUGUGUGUGAGUGUGU